AUGAGAAGCCCCAAGGGAAUCGGACACUUUGGCGGCUGCGGCACGCACCUCAGACUCCUGCUCUCGCUGGCGGUGGCGGUGUAUGGCCCGCGGUUCUGCCUUUUCGGUGUCCAGGCGGACACUACGGCCAUCAAUGUGGAUAUCGGCCCAUGCAAGACCGUCUAUACUUUCGUGUUCGCCAAAGUCCGUGCCGACGGAGGAGUGAGGAUCUUCUACAUUAUCGUCUGCAUCGGCCGCAUCAUAUACUUCGGCGUCAUGCAGCUCGCUUCUCCACUGGCUCUCUACGCGAGGAUCGAAAAUGCGGUCGGUCUAGCCGGGCAGGGGAAAUGGAGAACGAGCACUCGACUUCAUUACGCUACAGGCCUCUGCCAGAGAGAACUCCGCUGGAUCUUCUACUUUCUCCGAAUCGGCAACUUCCUCUCGAUCCUGUGGUCGAUGAUCCUGGUGGAGUGUACCCUCAACCACAACCAUGUGAAGGAAGUUCUGGGCCCUGAUGGUCGGGUCUUCUUCCCAUUCCAGCUAAUCCCACUGAUCAUCGGCUGCUUCAGCUUCGUGCGGCUGGCGUACAAGGUGCUCGAAAAGUCACGCGAUCCGGACGACGAGCCGUCACUCCCCACGGAACUGCAGCCGUCCGCCACGCAGCAAGACUACCGGGGGCCGAAGAGGCUCCUCAAGAUCUUUGCACCGCCGACGAGUUCUUUUCACACCCGUCCUCCAGCGCCGGAGGACAUGCCGCCCGAGGACACGGACAUCGACCAGCUCGCGCAAGACGAGCCCACCCGGCUGCGGUACCUGGUCACCUCGCUGGCCUGGCUGUCGCUGCUGCAUUGGUGGUCGAACGAUGCUCAGCAGCGCCAGAAAACGCGCAAGCGUGAUGCCAAUCAUAUGGAUAAGGAUCACCGACGACUUCGACGUUUGUGA